AUGGGGGUCCUGCGAGGAGGGCGCCCCUUUCCCAUCCCUGGUCCCAGCGAGAGGCGUGCCUGCCCCGCCCCACCCUCCAGCAGUCCUGGUAGGGCCCAGGCCCAUCCGUGCUCUGCAGUGGGAGGUCCUCGUCGCCCCUCGUUUCCAGCAAGAGAAUGGUGGCCCUUGGCCUCCCGGUGCAGAACGUCAGUCCUGCGCUGGGAGCAUGAAGAGUUGUGUGGGAAGCAAGCCAUUCUUGAAGUGGGGCCAACAGAGAGAAGUCAGCAGUUCCUCAGCCCUCAGGCUUCCAAGGGACAGAGAACAGAGGAGAAGCCUGCAGGCAGAAAAAAGAAGACGCCGACCUCGAGGGAGAAAACCGAUGUGCAGAAGAGCAUGCUCAGAGAGAAAGCAUCCGGGGACAGAAAGCCACUUGAGAUGCCCACUGUGCCCAGGAAGCCCCGCACAGAGCCCCGCCUGAGUCCUGAAGAAGAAAAGCACAUCUUUGAUGCCUUCCACGCUUCAUUUAAAAAUGCCUUUGAGGGGGUUCCCGUGUUCAUUCCUUUUCAGAGGAAGAAACCUGAUGAGUGCAGUGAAUGCAGGCAGAUCUUUAAGCACAAGAAAGACCACAUUUGCCGUCAGAGGGUCCACACCAGAAAGAAGCCCUUCAAGUGUGAGCAGUGUGGGAAGGCCUUUCGGCACAGCUCCAGCGUCACCAAACACCAGAGGACUCACACUGUUGGCCUUCAUCAGACGUGUUGCCUGGCGGGUGUUCUGCUCUUGGGACCACACUGGAGGGGCCACCCCAGGUGCAAGUGGGCAGGUGAACCACCAGAGGGGAGCCGUGGCACUUAUGGCCUCCUGACGGUCCUGCCACCACAGUCACUGCUGGAAGCAUGGCCUUCGUGGCUUCUCAGUGGACCUUGGUCCCGAUGAGGGGUAGGUGGCAUAUCUGUGGUGUCGUGUACCUGCCUCUGUGACGACUGCAUCUCGCACUGCUGGGCGUGUGCUGGGGAGGCCAACCUCCCUGUGGGGCUCCCCAGGGCUUUUUCAGCUCACUGCUGUCAG